AUGCAAGGAGACCAGCCCGUGGCUUAUGUAUCUCGUUCCAUGACAGAAACAGAAGUGAACUAUGCCCAGAUAGAGAAAGAGAUGCUUGCAAUACUUUUCGGAGUAGAACGUUUUGAGCAGUUUGUAUAUGGUCGACCUGUCAAGAUCCAAACUGACCACAAACCCUUGGAGAGCAUCUUCCGUAAAAGUCUACUCAGUGCGCCUAAACGUCUCCAGCGAAUGUUACUAAGAUUGCAGAAGUUUGACCUUCAAGUGUCUUACAAAAAAGGGACUGAAAUGUAUCUGGCAGAUACACUGAGCAGAGCAUACAGAGUGCGCAAGAGCACAAAAGAAGAUGUAGCAGAAGAUGUUAUGUACAUAGAGGACAUGAGAGGAGACACUGAAAGAGAGCUAGAGCACAUCAAUAUGAUACAAUACUUGCCAGUAUCGGAACCAACGCUGAUUGCCAUUCAGCAAGCAACAGAAUCCGAUCCUACCCUGAGAGAGCUGAAGAAAACAAUCAGGCAAGGUUGGCCAGCUACCAAAGCUGGGGUAUCAGCAAACAUCAGUGGUUACUUUACAUUUCGGGACGAACUGUCUUUACAGAAUGGACUGGUGUUCAAAGGUGAAAGACUAGUUAUCCCUAUGAGCGUGAAAGCUGACAUGUUGGCUAAGAUCCACCGGAGCCACAUCGGCAUCCAAGGCUGUCUCAGAAGAGCAAGAGAAGUAGCUUACUGGCCAGGGAUGAGCAAAGAUGUCGAAGAUUAUGUAGCAAAGUGUGCCAUUUGCAACAGCCAGCCUGUCGAGCAAGGAAAAGAGCCAAUGAUUUGUCACGAACUGCCUAGUAGACCCUGGGAGAAAAUCGCAGUUGAUCUUUUUGAUCUGAACGGUGUAGAUUUCAUGGUGACCGUUGACUACUAUUCAAGCUUCUUUGAAGUCGACAGAAUGACAAGCAAGACAGCAGACGAAGUUGUGAAGAAGUUGAAAGCCCAUCUUGCCCGCCAUGGAAUUCCCGACCAGCUUGUAUCGGAUAAUGGACAGCCCUUUUCUUCCGCAAAGUUCCAACAGUUCGCAGACACUUAUGGUUUUGAACAUAUAACAAGCUCUCCAACAUAUCCUCAGUCCAACGGCAAAGUCGAGAACACGGUGAAGACAGCAAAACAUCUGCUAGAGAAAGCCGUCAAGUCCGAACAAGACCCAUAUCUUGCCCUGCUGGACUGGAGAAAUACUCCCACAGAAACACUCAACUCGUCACCUGUUCAGCGAUUAUUCGGUAGAAGAACAAAGACUCCACUCCCAACCUCAAACCAAUUGCUCAAGCCGAAGCUACCAGAGGAGGUUGAUCAGAAGUUGAAGCUACAAAAGGCUAAACAAUCCCUGUACUACAAUCAAGGCGCCAAAGAACUGAAGGAACUGCGCCCAGGAGACACAGUGCGAUUGCAGCCACUAAAAUCCCACUUGGGAAAGAAGAAGGAUUGGACCCAAGCAAGAGUCGAAGGCAAAGUCGACAUAAGGUCCUAUCAAGUCAGAACAGAAGAUGGAAGAAUUUAUAGGAGGAACCGCAGACACCUGAGACAUACACGUGAAGUGAUGCCACACAGUGAAGAUGGGAUGAGAUUAUCCCCAAAAGCAACACCAAUUUCUGCUACUGCAAAUUCUGGUAAUGAAAUACCAUCGGUACCACCUUCCAUACCAAGUACUGCAGUCAGUAAGGACCAAUCAGACACAGUACCUUUGCAGAACACGGACAAGCCACAUCCGGAAUAUCCACCUCAGUCUGCAGCAGAUAAGCAGGAGAUUUCCCCAUCGGUGACCACCACUCGAUCUGGACGAAUUGUGCGACCACCCACACGUUACCAGUGA